AACCGGCAAACAUGAAUAUUGUUUGAAUGCAAAUAGAACCGUCAACAUAAGUUGUAAAAUUGUUUUAUGUUAUAAUUCCAUCAUUUAUUUUUCAGAAAAAAUAAUUCCCAUAAUUUUAUAAAUAUUUUUUUAGAACAUUUAUUUAUUCGAAUUGGAAUUCUAGUAUCUAUAACCGAAUCAAACUUAAAAAGAAAAAAAAACUAAACCAAAUGUAACAAAAACAUUUUACUAGUCUGAUUUUCUUUUGUAAAACCGAACUGAAAUAAAUUAUAAACCGGAUUUUCGAUCGCUAGAUGAGACAUCUUUUUUGCAACCUCACAUGCAUGUUUCCAUAAAUAGAAAACGGAGCAAGUCAAAAAGGUCGUGCUUAAUUCUCUCAUUAUGUAUUACACAUAAUCAAUAGUUCUAUUUUUAGGUACGCGGAAUUUGUGGUUUUCAAACUCUUUCGCUACUCUAUAAAACGAACUCUUGACUCAUCAGAGCAAACCAGAAAAAAAAAACGAAAAAAAAGUAUAAAGAGAAAAUAAAUGAUAAAUAAGAAAAUAAAAAAUAUCAAUAAAUUUAAGAGAAUUAAAAAAAUGGUGGGUUUGCGUCGAGCAAAGACACUACUUUUUAUAGUACUAGUGGUUAUGGCCACAACAAUAGCAAAUGGGGCUAAAAUGCUUACAGAAAACGAUAAAGACGAACCAUCCAAAGGAAGCGGUGAAACAAUUGAUGUUAAAGCAUCAGGAGCCAAAGGAGACGGCAAAACCGAUGACAGUAAGGCAUUUGCGGAUGCAUGGAAAAAAGCAUGUGAAUCAAAAUCACCAAGCAAGAUUAAAGUGCGAAAGGGUAAGUAUUUGGUAAAGACCUUAGAGUUCAAGGGUCCAUGCAAAAGUGCCGUCACUUUCGAAAUGGAUGGCCAUAUAAUGGCUCCUUCUAAGGCCACUCCUGGUAAACCUCACUGCGGAUGGAUUAAUUUCGAAAAACUCGAGAAUUUUAAUUUGAAUGGACAUGGUGCCAUUUUUGAUGGCCAAGGCGCCCACGCUUGGAAGAUCAAUGACUGUGCUAAAACUGGCAAAUGCAACACUCUCCCUAUCAACAUCCGGAUCACAGGUCUCACAAACUCGAAAAUUAAAGGCAUAAAAUCAACAAACAGCAAACUUUUCCACAUGAACAUUAUCAACUGUAAGAACUUAACGCUUGAGGAUAUUGGUAUUGAUGCACCUCCAGAGAGUCUUAACACCGAUGGUAUCCAUAUUGGAAGGUCUGAUGGCGUCAGAUUAGUACGUGCAAAGAUUAAAACCGGAGAUGACUGCAUUUCCAUAGGAGAUGGUACUGAAAAUUUUCUUGUCGAGAACGUAGAAUGUGGACCAGGACAUGGUAUUGCCAUCGGAAGUCUUGGAAAGUAUCCUAAUGAGCAACCAGUGAGAGGAGUCACCAUUAGGAGAAGCCUCAUCAAGAACACUGAUAACGGUGUCCGCAUUAAGACAUGGCCUGGAUCUCCCCCUGGUAUCGUCUCCAACAUUCUUUUCCAGGAUAUCACAAUGGACAAUGUUAGCUUACCUAUUCUCAUCGACCAAGUGUAUUGCCCUCAUGGCCACUGCAAGAAAGGGGGACCAUCGAAAGUGAAGUUGUCGGACAUCACCUACAGGGACAUUAAGGGCACAUCAGCGUCAAAGGUGGCUGUGAAACUACUUUGCAGCCCAGGAGUGCCUUGCACUAAUGUUACUCUCUCUAACAUAGACUUCGUAUACACUGGUAAAAAGGGACCAGCUGUUUCGGCAUGUUCUGACGUCAAGCCUAAACUCAAAGGAAAGAUGGAACCACCUGCUUGCACUGAAAAAGCUAAACCGGAUUCUUAAAGUUAAAGUCGCUUGUCCACCAUGCACCCAUCCAGUCUGGUUAAGACGCUUUGGUCAGGGUGCGAUGAAAAAGUUUAGAAAUAUGUCUUGUUUUUUUUUAACCUUUAAAUGAUAUAUAUGGAUAUCUAAUAGAGAUAAUAGUCCCUUCAAGUUUGGAAUUCAUUAGCUGAAAGAGUGACACAAUAUUGGGUAGAUAAUUUUUGUGUAAUUCGCAAUAAUAAUAUAAUUGAAAUUUAAAGAUUAUUAUAAGUAUUCUCUAUAUUUAUUUAUAUUUCCCAAACAUUCAUAAUCUAUUAUGAAAUAACACAAAUACAUACAUUAUUUUCAAUAAUAAUAUCCAUGAAGUAGAGAUAAGUUUUUGUUAUUAUAAUUGGUAAGAGAAAUUGUAUGCAAACAAUAAUACCUAAUAAUGAUCUCAGAUUCGUGUAACGGUAUGUUUGUCUUUAAAUCAAAACACCUGCAGACAGGGGCGGAUCUAGAAAAUAAAUUAACAUGGGGCACAAUAUAUAAAUAUUAUGGUAUUUACAAAAAAAAUAUUAAAUAUAAUUAAAAUAAAUAAAUUAUAUAAUAAUUUUAAAAUAAAUAACAUUAAUCAUUAAUAUUUACAUCUUAUUUAAGGAAAUAUUUUAAUCAAAUAAAAAGAUAAACAUUUCAUAAUAGUUGAAGUAAUAUUAAGAUAAAAAUAUAUAUUACACAUAUAGUUUCAUUAUAAACACUUAUUCAAUAUAGUUUUCAUUUUAAUCUAAGUAUUAUAAUUAAUAAAUACGAAUUAAUACAAAUAAAUAACAAAAUAAAGUGUAAUAUUUUUUACUUCAGAAAAACUAUAUACUAAAGAAAAGAAAAUCACUCAUAAAAAAAUUUAGCAACACAAUAAAAAGAAUAUAUAUUUAUGAAAAGUGAUUAAAAUAAAACAAAACGUAUAGAGAAAAAGAUUAUUUUGUUAACAUCAGCUUUGUCUCUGGUUUCAGUCUUGAGAUUUGUGUCAAACUAAAACACUACGUUAUUUAUCUUUAUCCUAAUCACACAAAAAAAUA